CAAAUGUUUGAGCAAUUGAUACUAACCCAGGUCAGUGAAAAAGUACGUAGCAUUUCAAUUGGCAUAGUAAAAAGAUUCCUACAAAAUAUAUUCCAGUUGGAAUUUGUUAACCAAAAAAAAUAAAAAAUAAAAAAAAACAUCAAUGGCCAUUGCUAGUGCUUCUCCUAUGGCUAGCCAGCCCAAAAACAGUAUUACUCGGUGUGCCGCCAGCUGGGAAUUGCUUGCCUCUCCAAAGGGCAUCUGUGGAUCUCAACUUAGAGCUUUGCCCAGCUUCAACAGAUCACGUCCUCGCUGCUUCACUGUCAGAGCCAUUCAGUCUGAGAAGCCAACUUACCAAGUGAUCCAGCCAAUCAACGGCGAUCCCUUCAUCGGAAGCCUCGAGACUCCGGUGACCUCAAGCCCCUUGAUCGCGUGGUACCUCUCCAACCUACCGGCCUACCGGACGGCAGUCAGCCCACUCCUCAGGGGAGUGGAGGUGGGCCUGGCCCACGGGUUCCUCCUGGUGGGCCCGUUCGUGAAGACGGGCCCACUUAGAAACACGGAAAUCGCGGGCCAAGCCGGGUCGUUGGCAGCGGGAGGGCUGAUCGUGAUACUGAGCAUUGCCCUGUCGAUGUACGGAAUUGCGUCGUUCAAUGAAGGCGAGCCCUCCACAGCCCCUGCGUUGACUUUGACCGGCAGGAAGAAGGAACCUGACCAGCUUCAGACCGCCGAGGGUUGGGCCAAGUUCAGCGGUGGGUUUUUCUUUGGUGGGAUUUCUGGUGUCAUUUGGGCCUAUUACCUUCUCUAUGUCCUUGAUCUUCCUUACUACGUCAAGUAAUGGACGUGCAAGCAUGUGAUAUUUCUUUAAUAUAGUUGUGUAUAAUAAUAUACUAUCUCUAGUGUUUCUCUCUUGUUGUGUAUUAAACUUCUUGGGUGGUCAAUGAAAAAUUAUGAGACUAAUAUUGGUAGCCAGAUUGUCCCA